GAUCCUCAACCUCACCACCCCCACCCCCCUGACUUCAGCCAAGCAACGCCAGACUUGGCUUAGUUGACGCUCAUGCCACAUCGCUGGAACCAUACUCCAAAAGAGGGCUUUUCGACGAGACUGAGGGAGACUGCGACCUGACGAGACAUCGAAAUUCAGAGCAGCAAACCUCUGCCAGAGGAUGCCUUCGCUAGAAGUGGACGACUAUGGCGUGACACCCGUCACCUCACUCGUCAGCUUUUUCGAGGAGGCUCUAGAUGCCGCGAGCGCAAUCAAACCGACGUCUGCGAUCGAUCCGCCCAUAGAAGAUGCCGACCUCAAAGCUGUUCUCGAUCACCUGCCCACAGCACUUCUUGCUGGCGAACCACAAGAUGGUGCGACCACGCGUCAGGAUCGACAUCAUCGGUUCGCCGUCAUUGAGACCGCGGCCCGUGGCGUUCUCAGCAACCUCAUCGCACAGGUACCUAUCGACUCAGACGACUUUGUCAAAAUAUGGAACCUUUUCGAUGUACUUCAAUGCCUGUCAGACCGUGGCCAAUGCGAUCCCGCUCUGCUGGUCUGGCUCCUCGAAGACCUCCUCGAUAGCCAGACCAUUCCAGGGUGUCGCAAAAUCUUCGACUACCUCGAGUCGCGGAGGCAACGGAUCAUAUCGAAGAACUUUAACGAGAAGAAACUGGUGAUAUUGAGGAGCUGCAAUGAGCUGCUGCGCCGACUUUCACGAGCUGAAGACACAUCUUUCUCGGGUCGUGUCUUCAUUUUCCUCUUCCAAAGCUUCCCGCUUGGCGACAAGAGCUCGGUCAACCUUAGGGGUGAAUACCAUACUCAAAACGUCACAAUUUACGAUCAAGAUGCGCCAAAACCGGAUGCAGCUGAGGACAAGAUGGACGUCGACUCCGAGGCAACCCCUGCUAAGGAUGGAGAGCGCUCAGGGCCGGGCAAAGCGGUCUCUUUCAGCGACAAGAAAGAAGGCGCGGUCGAGAAGCCGCUGGAUGCUGAUGCACUGUACCCCGUCUUUUGGUCGCUGCAGGAGAGUUUCAACCAGCCCAAGAGGCUCUUUCAGCCAUCCCAUUUUGGUCAGUUCAAAAUCUCGCUGCAGGCCACAAUGGCGGCAUUCAAAGCGAGACCGGUACAGCAAGAGCCAAAGUCUUCAAAACAGGCCGAGGAAAGCAAGCGGGGGCUCAAAAGGAAGAUGAGCUCCGAUAUUGAUGCGAUUGUUGACACAUUCAACCCGAAAUACUUGACGAGUCGUGAUUUGUUCGAGCUCGAGAUUGGCGACUUGUCACUGAGAAGAUACGUCCUAUUCCAAGCGCUCAUCAUCAUGGACUUCUUAUUAUCGCUCUCUCCAAAGGCCAAGGAGGAGUUGCAAUCAGUGCCACAAGUCAACAAAUCUGUGGCUUACCUGGACCAAACUCUCAGCGACGACGACAUCAAGUGGGCUACAACAAUGAAGGCGGACAUAUCCAAGUAUUUGCUGAGCACGACACCUGAUGGUCCCUUCUUCCUGAGGCUCGUCGAGACGGUGCUCAUCCGAGAUAAGAACUGGGUGAGGUGGAAGAUCGAAAAUUGCCCACCAAUUGAGCUCCCUGCCGUCACGCCUCGGGAAUGGGCCGAGACCAUGAGAAGUGCAAAAUCACAGACCACUAACAAGAGACUGCGGAGAGAGGCCAUGGGCUCGCUAUCGCUCGACUUCCUGAGCGACGAACAGGACGCCAGCGCAGUGGAGAAGCUAAAAGAUCCGGAGCGGUACCGGCUACCGGAGCUCGUGAGCUUCAAGCGGAAGAUCCAGGAGGAUGACCUCGAGAUCGAGAUGCCGCUCUCCAACGACUCCAAGGCGACAGCCGUCGAAGGGAAGGCGAGCAAGACCUGGAGGGCACUGCGGAUUGCGAGCAGGUCCAAGUUGGCGGUGUUCGACCAGAUCGAGUCAUACGAGGACAUCAACGUUCUCUUCGAAGAGAAGAAACCUAAGCAGGAGGCGGACGAGGCGGACGUGGCGGACGUGGCGGACGAUGGCCAUGAGAACGGGGAAGCGGAAGACGCUGACGAGGCCAUGGAUGAAGUGAGAGAAGAGGGACCGGAACUCGCUCAUGGGAAUGGCAACAGCGAGGCCACAGAUGUGCCUUCGGAAGUUGCGCCAGCGGGUGUUUCCGCGUAGCGGGCGGCUGUGGCGGCGGCGGCACGGCCGAGAGACUGUAUCAUAUCAUGACAACGCUCAAUUCCCUUACAUGAUACCCUGACAUCAAUAACCGAAGCGGUCCAAUGCGGCUGCUGCGGCCAAAUCUACAAAGCCUUUCAUCUA